GUGUGACGUCAUCACACCGCGCCGCGGCCCGGUGUCUUCAAGGUCGCUUUGAAGAGCGGCCGCGCGCGUAAGUGACCGGCCCCGGGUUCGGACGCGCACCGUGUCUCUUUGGCUAGCUCGCCGGCGACAUGACGGGGUACACGCCGGAUGAGAAGCUGCGGCUGCAGCAGCUGCGGGAGCUGAGGAGGCGGUGGCUGAAGGACCAGGAGCUGAGCCCCCGGGAGCCCGUGUUGCCGCCGCGCAGGUCUUGGCCCCUGGAGGAAUUCUGGAAUAACUUUCUGCGGGACAGGGCCCCGUGGAAGAACGUGGUCUUUAAGGCAUACCGGUCCAGUCUCUUCGCUGUUUCUCAUGUGCUUAUACCUCUCUGGUUUAUUCACUAUUAUGUCAAAUAUCACGUAGCAAAAACACCGUAUGCCAUCGUUGACUCGAAGCCCAGAAUAUUCCCAGGUGAUACAAUUCUGGAGACUGGAGAAGUAAUUCCACCAAUGAAAGAUUUUCCUGAUCAACAUCAUUAAAGAGCACUUAAAAACUGAAAGACUUGUGUAACAGCUAAAGCCUCUUCCUAUAGUGCUGUAUUUACUGAAUCUGUUCCCUGGAAAAGUAACCAAUAAAGCUUUUUCUUGGA